CAUAAUAUAUUUUGUACUACUCACCAACUGAAGUAUUCCGAUAAGGGCAUGAUUUUAAUGAUUUCAUGAAAAUACCGACAUAAAAUUAUAUGAUUUGGAUAUUUCGGAAAGGAUAUUCAAAUACAGGAUAUGAAUAUUUCGAACGUCUGUCAAUCCAUGUCACUACUAUUGUCCCAUGUACUUGGCAAUAUAGGUGUAAAUGAAUAUACCGUGAAGAAGCGGCGACAGUUAUAUCACGAGAUAGAAGAAAUAAAAAAGAUAGGCUAUACUUUAAUGCAUAAGGCAUCUGUCGGAACUAAUUGUAACAACGAUAAGGUGUAUUAUUUUGGAAGUGCAACGGAAGGUUCUACUACAUUAGGCUUAAAAUCUGAUAUCGAUCUGGUAUACAUAUCCCCGCAUUGGUAUACUUUAAUAUUUUCAAAGCUGCAAUCAGAAAGAGGAUAUAUUUAUCAUUGUCUUCACCUUGAGAUAGUUGUUUCAGCCUCACCUGGACAUUGUAGACUAUUAGUAGUGGAGGCUUUCCCAUUUUUUCAUGAUAAGUACAAAAACCAUGGUAAUUAUGACUUACUAUCCCACGAGGAUAUGGAUAAAUACCAGCCAUAUAUACGUGAUACCAGCGGAAUUAUACCAAUAAUUAAAAAUGGACCAUCCUCGUUUCAUUCGAAUACUGAUAAUGUUCAAGCUAUCUUAGUACCUUUGAAACUGUCAUGGAGAAAUGAAAUUUUUCAACGUUUCCAUAGUUACAGUUGGCCUACCGAAAGAAUCGUACAUAAACUUCAGAAGACAAACAAUUUGCUUGUUCCAGUGUGCCAUCCGAUGAGUGAUGAAGGGAAAUUUGAGUGGAGGAUUUCAUAUUCAUUUGCAGAAAAAUUAUUGAUCUACAGUUUCAAUAUCACCCAGCUAAGAUGUCUGGUUGUUUUGAAAAUGAUAAAGAAAACAUUCUUUGAACCUAUUGUUCAGGACGAGUUUACUAGUUACCACUGCAAAACUAUUCUGUUCUUCACUAUAGCAAAAACCACACCAUCACUAUGGAAAGAAGAUCGUUUAAGUGACUGCAUUUUAUGCUGUUUAUCUACUUUAAAACAUUUUCUUUUAAACAAUUAUUGUCCUCAUUUCUUCGAUCAUAACGUGAAUUUAUUUUUGGGAAAAAUAACCCCGAUAAGCUGUAAGAGUUUGGUAAUCUUGGUCGAAAGACUAAUAAUUAAACCUUUUGGUUGUUUACUCGAAGUUUGCAUUGAUGAUUUGGGAGCUAGAAUUAUUAACGUACCAACGGCGUUAGCCCAUAGAUUUUUUCCUGCCAGAAGUGUUAUUGAAAACCGAAUCAUUGUUGCAAUUGAGGCCGAAAAACAUCAGUUCUUAAUAGAAUUUUCGCGACACCCAUAUGUAUUGAUGAACGAAUCCAAACAUACGUUAAAGAAACAGAUUUACACUGGUUUUAUAUUAAUCAAAGGUUUAUUAUCUUUUAUGAACGAUGGUAAUACAACAGAAUAUUAUGUAGCCAAGUUAUUCUUGCCACAUUUUGUUGCCAAACACGCUUCGCUUCUAUCCUCUUACAGAAUCAAAAAGAAGCAACCCUUAUCAGAAGACCUCAUUAAUCUGUUCAAAAUAAGCUUUCUGACAGACGCUACUUCAAACAGACUAAAACUUGCUUCAGUGUUUUGUUGUAAUGGUGAUCACAAUAAAGCACGACUGAUUUUAGAAGAAUUAUCUGACAAAUAUUCUGCAAUGUCAAUGACUAUCAACACAUGUUUUCAAUACAUUCAGCCAUAUUUAAUUUCUUGGGAUAUAAUUUUUGAAACAGAAUCAGACGUAUUUCCAUUCACCGGAUGUGAAAUACCACUACGUUUAUUUUCAGACUGUGUCGAAUUUAUGAUCAAAGAUAUAUCGUGUUGUCCAAAAGGAUUUAGAACAGCUGUAUUAUACAAUGGUAAAGAGCACGUAAAGAAUUUUCAGGAUAUAAAUAAAUUUUCAAGCUUUUUUGGGCUUGAAGUCGACUCAAAAGCUAUGCUGCACUAUCUACAAUUUGUUACAUAUGCUGGGAUGUCGUUAGAUGAGUUUAAAGGAAAUGCAUUGAAAGAUUUAUUAGAAACUGUUAUUCAUAACCCAUGCAAAUGGAUAAAACACUUUUUUAAGGCCGGAAAUAGUACUGAAAAAGAAAUAGUUUGCAAAUACAGAGACUUAUAUUUCCAUGAUGAUUUACAGUAUCGCAACUUUGUCACUCCAAAACUGUUUAAUAAUUUACGCAAAAAUUGUUGGGGAAGUGUUCAAUUCUGUAUAUAUUACGCUUUUGGGAAAACCUCAACCCUUCAACAUACUGAUUUAGCGUUGAUGCUGAUAGGAUACUGUUUUGAACAGGAAAACAACAUAGACUUUGCCGUCGCGUUUUAUUGGAUGUCAUUCAUUAUUGGAGAACGUAAGGCAGCUGCAAAACACAUUGAAAGAGUACGACCACAUGCACGUAUUGUUAGCUUCUUUGAUGAUUAUUUCAAUUUUUCCGGUUCCAUGAUGUAUUCCAUUCAACUUGAAAUCGCUUUGAUACCGGAACUAGUGGAAUCAUUUGCUAAUGUUAUGAAGGCAUAUAUCAGCGCAGGGAAUUUAAAGGAGGAGGACUUUCUUGAAGGCACAUAUAGGGUCAGGUGUCACGUUAUUCUACUUAAUGCAUUGGUAAAAAAUUAUGACAGACAGACACAAAAACCUCUGGACAUUUUCAGCGGAUAUCGGUCAAUUAUGCAGGACAAGAAAAGCAGUCUUCUCGUGUGAACAACUGUGCAUUUGUAAGAAAAUAAAAGCAACAGGGAUAUAAAGAUUAGUGUAGAGGAUAUUAAAAUCAUUGUUUGAUAUAACUUUAACAGAAAAUUGACACGGAUAUCGAUGAGCACCAGCCAAGUAUAUGGCGCUCCUACUUGCAAUCGACAAUUUCUCAAGUUGGCUUGAAAAUCAAAUGAUGUAACACAUUCAUAAGUACAGGACAAAUUUUCUCAACUUGUGUGUAAUUGCCUAGGAGUUCAUUACCACUUGAGAACGACGGCGAAGCAUUUUUUAUACUCUGAACUGUGUAAUAUAAAAUAUUACGAACUUAAUACAAAUUACUGCAAUACAUACAAAUGCAGUAAUUGUCGACUGGUUAUGUUCUACUUGAAUUACAUGUCAUCGUUUGAUAAGCUUAAACCUUUGUGUGAUUUAUAUUAAAACACAAUCUACUGACUACUGUUAUUGCUUGUAAUGUUUCUUGUAUUUGUUAAUCAUCAGAUAAAAAUGCAAUUGAAAAAAUAUAGCAUCAAUUGUUUAUUUUUCUUUUGUCAAAUAUCAAUUAUUCAUAUUUUCUUUUAUUAUUUUGUGUACAACAGUCCGUCCGUUAUGCAAUCGGUAGUCAACCUUUCACGAUGCACAUUUAUUUGUAAAAUCUCAUUGACAUAAACCAAAAUGAAAUUACUAGCGGCAGACUUUAAACUGUGUCAAAUACAACGGGUGCACGGAAGGGCACCUGAGGUCUUCUUCCACCAGUAAAGCUGGAACGUCGCGAUAUGACCUAUACUG